ACUACAAAAUACGUUUCCUCGUAUCUAUCGUUAGUUCGUCACCCACUCUCUCCACUCCACUCCACAUAUUUCUUCUUCUUUUCUGAGUGCCCACUCCACUAUUCAAGAACAAUUAUCUUACCUCUUGAGUAAUCAUAAAAAUAUCUCUGUCCCUCAUCUUUAUCCAUUAAAGAUUGGCAAAAAAUAUCAGCUUCUUUUACCAACCGAAAGCAAACGCAAUCAGAUCAUUUGCCAAGCAAAAGGGAAUUAAAAUGGGUGGAGGAGCCAUGGUAAAGCCAGUUGCCUGUGGCAUCGGCGGUGGAGCAACCAACCACCACCACCACCAGUCUUCUCUUCCUCCUCUUCACCUUCCAGUCUCGGCCAAUUCCACUCUACCCUUUUCGCCAAAUCGCACUAGUAGGCCCUUAUUCCUUGGUGAAAGCUCAACAAGAAGUGUUCAGCCCACAGACGGGAGAGAAGAUGAUGAUAGAGUAGUUGGCUCUUAUUAUGACUCUGUUUUCCGCCUUGUUCCAUCUCGUAUCGAAGUCGAUAGGGCCAUUUCUAAUCUUCAAAGUAUUUGUAUUUCAUACAGAUUCAUGCUUGGGUUACGUACAACUGAAUUUGAGUGGCUACAGAAGAUGCUUUAUCUUCACAACCCAAGCAUGUUGAAAUCACUGGGAUUUGGCAGCGUUGAUGAUGCUUUUCGCUUGCUCCAAACUGACCCGUCGGUUCAGAGAAUUGUGUCUUCAAUAUCAUCUGAUAAGGCUGUGUGGGAUGCCAUAUUGAGCAACAAGGCAGUUCAGAAUCUCCAGCACUCACUAGUCUCUGCAGCUAAAGAAGAAAUGCCCCAGGCUCAGAGCUCUAGUGAUGAAAAAACAGACUUGGCUACGAUGAUAGUGGAUUGGAUAUUGGACAUAGCAAAGACAAAGGUUCUCGAACUCAUCGAGCAAUUCAUCUCGCUUUUGACCAUGAUAUUUCAACCUCCCGAUCACAAGAAAAAUCUUGGUGCAGCAAACACCGAUGGUCGACUGGAUGAAAAACUUAGAUCUUCAUUGCUCCUGUCCAUCGUCAUCCUCUUGAUUGUUGUUGUAACUCGAGCUCAUAGGGUUUAGUUUAGCUAGCACUCAUUCUUUGCGUAAAAUUUAUUUAUUACCUACUUUUAUCUGUUUGGUUGGAUAAAAAAUGCAAAAAAGAGUUCUUCACUGUU